AUGAACCGACCCCUCCCAAAUGCUGAACUGCAAAUCUACCUGGGGGUGUCUCAUGAAGUUAUCAGCGCAGCCCUAGUUCAGGAUGCCAGUGAACCCCGCCUAAUAUACUUCGUCAGUAGAGUGCUUCAACCCGCCGAAACCCGGUAUCAGCUGGUCGAGAAGGUCGCGCUAGCUCUUCUCCAUGCUUCCAGGAGGCUCCGCCCAUACUUCCAGAGCCAUCAGGUGGUUGUCAAAACCGACCACCCCGUAUCCAAAAUCUUGAGGAAGCCCGAUAUCGCUGGGAGGAUGGUAAGCUGGGCGGUGGAGUUGUCGGAAUUCGGCUUGCGCUUUGAGCCGCGAGGAUCUAUCAAAGAACAACACCUAGCUGAUUUUGCACUAGAAUUGCCUCAGGCCCAAUCUCCCGAAGGUUGGAACCUUUACGUAGAUGGGGCAGCCGGGCGGGCAAGUGCCGGAGCCGGGGUGAUAUUAGAAGGGCCAGGUGGAUUCCUCAUCGAGCAGUCACUUGUGUUCAAGUUUAAAGCUUCCAAUAACCAGGCCGAGUACAAAUCCUUAAUCGCCGGACUCACCCUGGCCUUAGAUAUGGGAGCCCAGUCCCUCACGUGCAGAACCGAUUCCCAACUGGUUGUCGGACAGAUGAUAAGAGAGUUCCAAGUUAAAGAUGACCAGCUGUUGAGGUACUUCCACAAAGCCAGCACAAUAGCCAAGAAUUUCCAACCCUUCACUAUAAAGCAUAUACCGCGAGAGGAGAACGCUCGGGCGGACAUGUUGUCGAAGCUUAGCACCGGCAAGGAGAAAGGGCAACUGACUAGGGUCAUCCGACAGGUUCUGACGGAGCCAUCCGUGGAGUGCAUCGCAUUGGGGGUAGCUGUCGAUUGGCGUGCUGAAAUUAUGAAGAUGAUGGUGGACCAAGACCAGGGGGUCAGCCUGAAGCCGGCAGAAGCCAGAAGGCUGGCCCGGUAUGUCACCAUAGGCGGAGACCUUUACCGGAGGGGGUUCUCUGUCCCCUUGCUGAAAUGCGUGAGUCCGGACCAAGCGGCGUAUGUCUUGAACGAACUCCACAAUGGAAUCUGCGGGUUGCACACUGGAGCAAGGACGCUACGGGUGAGGGCCCUCAGAGCCGGAUACUAUUGGCCGACAAUGGAAAACGACGCCAAAGCGUUCACGGCAAAUAUAGCUCGUCUAUCCUGA